AUGGCGGCCAAACGAACCUCAUUUUCACACGAGUCUUAUGCCGAGCGGCAGAAACUCUCCAUCCUGCACGGCCCGGUCGACCCUCCGUUGGUCGAUCUCACCCUGGGUGAGCUUCUUGAGCUUCAAUGCCAGCAUCACGGCACUGCAGAAGCCCUUGUCACACCCUGGAAUGGAACGCGAUGGACGUACAACGAACUAAACCAGCAGAGUUGUCAGCUGGCCAGAGCUCUGAUGUCAGUGGGCAUAGGCGUUGGCGACAGAGUUGCCGUCAUGGCAGGUAAUUGCGCAGAGUAUGCGGCGAUUUUCUUCGCGGUCGCCCGUAUUGGGGCUAUUUUAGUGAUUCUCAACAACACCUACACUCCUACCGAAGCACAAUAUGCUUUGAAGUUUUCAGACUCGAAGGUUUUCUUCACGCAAAAGAAGAUCGGUCGUGUUGAUAACACGAGAUUGCUCUCGGAGCUCGCAGCUCAAAAGGCCAAGCCUAACGUUGUCAUCGUCCGAGGAGAUUCUGAUUCAUACCCGACUUAUGCAGACUUGAUGAAACAGGGCCUGAAGGUGAGCCAAGGAGAUUUACAUCGUCUUGGAAGAAGGGUUCUUUCGCAUAAUGUCUGCAACCUUCAGUUCACGAGUGGCACUACCGGCCUACCGAAAGCAGCAAUGUUGACACAUCACAAUGUUGUCAACAAUUCUCGCUUUAUCGGUGAUCGGAUGCGUUUGACGCCCGAUGAUGUCCUUUGCUGUCCACCACCACUAUUUCACUGUUUCGGAUUGGUGCUUGGGUUGAUGGCUGUUCUUACACAUGGUGCCAAAAUCGUCUUUCCGGAGGAGGUGUUCGACCCGAGUGCGGUUCUUCGGGCCAUUUCCGACGAACAAUGUACGGCAGUACAUGGAGUCCCUGCGAUGUUUGAUACUCUCUUCAACCUGCCAAUGCCUCCCAACUUCAACUGUGAGAGGUUAAGGACCGGUAUUGUUGCCGGUGCUCCAGUGCCGAGGUACUUGAUGGAGCUCAUGGUCGAGCGCUUCGGCAUGACUGAAUUCACCAGCAGUUACGGCUUGACUGAAGCCUCGCCGACGUGCUUUAAUGCUUUUACAGACGACUCCAUCGACAAACGCCUGACAACUGUUGGGACUCUGAUGCCACACGCACACGCCAAGAUUGUCGACCAUGAGGGCAAUAUCGUCCCAAUCGGCUCCCGUGGUGAGUUGUGUAUCGCUGGUUACCAACUGCAAGCCGGAUACUGGAAUAACUCAGAAAAGACUUCUGAGGUCAUGAUCCACGAUGAAGCUGGCAUUCUCUGGUUGCACACGGGAGACGAGGCAGUAUUUGACGAAGACGGCUAUUGCUCCAUUACAGGUCGUUUCAAGGACAUCAUCAUUAGAGGUGGCGAAAAUAUCUAUCCGCUGGAGAUUGAAGAGCGUUUGAUGGCACAUCCGAUGAUCACAAAAGCAAUCGUUACAGGUUUAAAAGACGCUCAUUACGGCGAAGUCGUGGGCGCCUUCCUUCAGGAUGGUGGCAGCAACGAACGUCCAAGUGAUCAAGAGAUGAGAGACUGGGUGAGACAGAACCUCGGCAAACACAAGGCACCCGCGCACAUCUUUUGGUUGGGAGAGGAUGGUGUACCAGUUGAUGUACCCCUGACAGGCAGCGGCAAAGUCAAGAAGUACGAAAUGGCUAGGUUUGGUGAGGAGUCGCUGAGGAAGCGGCGCCUAUCCAAGCUGUAA